AUGAAUAAUACACCACUCGAAUGUUAUACAACAACUGAAUCACUUGUUGAAUCAACAAGUACUGGUUUAGCUUAUCGUUCAUCAACAUCAACAUUCUAUUUACUUGAUUGGAAAAGUAAAAUUAUAAGUGAAUUUACAAUAAUAAAUUCUAAUUCAUCAAUAACAAAUCUUAAUAAUAGUCAAAUACAUAUAAAUCAUCAAAUAACAUGUUCAUUAUUUAAUGAACCUGUACAAAUAGCUUUAUUUGAACAACAUUUAAAUUCUUUACUUAUAUGUGACAAUAAUACAUUAUUAAUUAUUGAUAAUCGUACAGGUGAUUUAAUAAAUCAAAUUGAUACACGUUCAUUUGGUAUAAAAACUAUAAAAGCAUUUACAAUUAAUUUACAAGAUGAUAUUAUAAUUAGUGAUCAUCGUAUACAUAUAUUAUCAUAUGAUGGAAAAUAUUUAAGACAAAUAUCAUCUAUAAAUCAACAACAAAUUGUUGAUGUUGAUAUACAUAUAACACAUGAACCACCUGAUCUUAUUGCAUCACAUCAUAAACAAUCUUCAACAAUACAUCAACAUACAAAAUCUAUGAAUAAUCAAAUAAUAAAAGGAGGAUUUUAUACAGCACUUUGUGUAGAUAAAAAUGGUCUUUUAUUAGCUGGUAAAUGUGAAAAAGAUGGAUAUGCACAUAUUGAAAUAUAUGAUAAUCAAGGUCAUUUAUUACGUAUUAUUGAUUCUUAUAAUCAACGUUUACGACGUCCAUGUUCAUUAGUAACAACACAAGAUGGUUGUGUACUUUGUGUUGAUUUAACAACAGAUUCAGUACGAAAAUAUCGAUAUGCUUAA